AUGGAAGCCUCGAAAGACGUUGCCCGUCACUACAAUUUGCCUAGCGCCUACCCAGAAGAGUGGCCUAUUCAUUUGGAUGUGAGUGAUGGGUCUGGAGACGAGGCCUCUCAGGAUAAUUAUAGAGGGUUUGGGAAAAGCAAAAGGCCAGUGUUUGGUAGGUCAGAGGCCUCGAAUUAUCGUGACGAGCCAGAUCCCCUUGGAAGUGCUCAAAGCACAGGGGAGCUACUGCGGCAACAAGGCCUAGCAGUCGAACAAGACCCCCGUCUAGGCCGAUUAUUCUUAUCCUCGACUUCUUUUUCUCCGUCACUAUUCCUCACUCAAACACAGCGCUCGGCUUCUGCACAAUCCUUACUGCAGGGAUUGAAUUUCCUUACGGAUUCAAUCGACCGAGAGUCAGCGUCGCUGAAAGCAUUGGUGGAAUCGAACUUCGAGAAGUUUGUGCGAGUCAAAGCUGCUAUUGAUAAUGUAUACGAAGAAAUGGGCGAUCAUAAUGCUGAUAGGGAAGCUACACCACAACGUUCUCUUUCUCAAAGACGCAUUGGCACCGAUCUUGGAACAAGCCGUCCUAAUGCCAUAACGGAAGACAAUGAAUAUGGAUUUAAAGAGAUACACGAGCCGUUAUCCGAGGCCGUGGAUGUUGCAGAAGAAUUGUGGGGAGAGGCGCUUAAUGGCAGGCAGCGUGAGGAAGAUUUGAAGUUGGUUCUAGAUGCUGUUGAAAAGCAGUGGGGAAUCUACGAAAUUGGCACUAGCCUACAACGUUGCAUUAAGCAGCGCGACUACGACACCAUUGUUGAGAAAUACACAAUUGCUCGAAGAUACGCGAAUGAUGCGAGGCUUCUCGUAGACCGCACCAUGUCGAGCCAGAAACCCUUGACUGAUGAUCAGGUCCACACCAUUCUUGUCACUGGUAGAAUGUGGAUGGAUGUUGAGAGACAAAUACAAUCAUUUAAACGUGACUUGUGGCGCCGUCUGAGUAACACUCAAUCAACAGCAUCGGCACUUUCUGCUACUGGGGAUGAUGAGGAGUAUAUGGACUUCAUAGCGACUCUUCUGGAACUCGGAGUCGACGACAACCCUGUUUGGGUUUGGCUCCUAAGUCGGUAUGACUUUUUAAAGACAAGAAUAACCACCUUUUGCGAACGUAGCAAAGCUGAAAUUGAGAUAUUACGCCGUCGCCUGGCUUGCAAAGAGAAGCCAAGUCCCCAGAAUGCUGCGCCGUAUUUACGUCUUCCAACUCGAGAAGCAGCAGUGAAUCAUUCUGAGCCGCUUGAUAGCGAGUCAGUACUAGAAUUCUGGGAAUGUGUGCAUACCUUUCUUAAAAAACUGGCCUCAAUACAAGGCGGCCUCCUUGGCGAUACAAUCGAGUUCUGGGACACUGCACAGUCAUUUAUUAAUGGAAGCAAGCAAAAGCUUCUUCCCGCAGGUUUUGAAGGAGAGAGUCGAAAACAUCAUCGUCUAUCGGCAGAAAGCGUCAAUGACCUAAAUAAGGGCAUAGUUGAGCUUGUAAAUCGUAUCCGGGCUCAUAUUAUAGUACUUUUUGCUGAGCCACCACCAAAAGACUUAUCAAGUCUAUCCAUUCCCUCGCCAACAACCCCUAUGGGAGGCUUAACGCCUACCAGACCUAGGUUCGUUCUCGACCCAAAUGAUAUCCCACCACCUGUAUCAAAAAUGGGAGAAGCAUGGGAAGAAUUCGCAUUCUGGCCGCCAUAUGCAAAUUCACUUAGUGGAACCCAUUAUCUAAGUCACUUUUUGGUUCUCAUUGGAACUGCGGCAAGUGAGAUGGCUGACUUGAGCCCAAUAUCGGGAGGAAGUACUACGCAUGAUCAACUGAAACUGCUUGUCAGCUGUGCUAGAGAACGGUGCGUGCGGGCUACGUGUGCAGCCUGGAACAGUGACGCUGAGCAUUGCAAAUAUCUUGAGGACUGGACGAGAGACCCGGAGCGGAGGGCGUUAACUAAGAUGCCUGGACAUUUCACAUCAUUUGAAAGCGCCGUUCUUUCUGGAAUGCAAAAGAUACUCUAUAUUUCGGAGGCAAUGACAAAGCCCGGCUCUAUGGAUGUUGUUUCUCCCCCCCCAGCCAAACUUCUACAGAUGGUUCGUUCGCAGUUCGUGACGAGCGUGUACAAGGCAUUGAGUGGGCUUGUUGAGAAUGCUGAACGGCCCGUGGUUGUCGAGGGGGAUGACGAAUGGGUCCUAGUCGGGCCCUCAACUUCAGGAGGCAGCCCUGAUAUGCCAGCAUCGGUAUUUGUCUACGGUGGAAUAGAUUCCAAGAACAGGAAUGUGCGCAUGCUUUUGACACUCUCGAACCUCCGGGCUCUUCGCACCGAUUAUGUUCCCCAGCUAGUUACAAGCUUUGAAAGUGCUUUUGCCGUCAAGCUGACUGAGGAAUCGAAAACCAUUCAGGACGUGCUUGGACAAAUUGACAACCGUUUAUUCCAAUCAUACACUCGCAGCGUAGUCGACUCAUUACACUCGACGAUUAUUAACGGAAUUUCGUCCCCAGACUGGGUUCCAUCAACAAGUCGGCCAGAUCAACUUCGACCAUAUGUCUACACCACCAUGCUCACCCUUGUAAUGGUGCACACAGAGGUUUCCACCACUUUACCUGGGCAUACAACCGCCACAUCGUCCCCAAUGUCCCCUUCGUCUCCUACACACACGCUAACACACACAAUCCUGGCGGAGCUCCUUACCCAAAUAUCCAAAUCGCUCCUUGAAGGCUUCAUGUCGCGUCCUAAAUACUCCCUUCCCGCUCUGAUGCAAGCCACUCUUGAUACGGAGUUUAUUGCGCAAACCAUGUCUCAAUACGCCACUGAUGCCGCAGGCCUGGUUCAAAGCCAAAUAUAUCUUGAGCUAGAUCGAAGAACAAAUAAUGAAGCUAGAGCAAAACUUCAAGCCGAGCUCGGGGAGAUGCGGGGUGUGCUCAAACGCUUGAGAGAACGAACACGCGGAGAGUUUGCCUGUUUCAAGAAAGUAAGGACUGCAAGUAGCAAGUAG